CAGAAAUUGGCGCGUUGUUGAUAUAUAAUUUGUUGUUUUCAAUUAUUUACUUUUUUCACAGUAAAUCCUAAUUUUGAAUAUGUUUUAUACUAGUAGGUAAUUAAUAAACCAUGUCGAGUCCCGAAAAGAAACGUAUGAAAUACGAUCCUAAAAAAGUACAAUGUGAAUCCUUAAAUGUAACAGAAAAGCAACAAAAGCAUACAAGGUCUGCAGUUAAAACAGAAACAGAACGUCAAAUGGAGCUGAAGACAAUGAAGAAGAAAAACUUUGUAAUUGCAUGUGAGAAGGUGUCAUGUGAAGCAUAUUUAAAUCGGCAAAAACGACUUCAAAUCUUAAACUGGCCAACCUGUGCUAAAAGUGAUUGUAGCCAUUUAUUGAAACAAGAGACUAUCAGAGAAAUGCCUUGUUAUGCCACAGAGACUUUCAACAUUGAAAUAAAAAGUGGAAUGUGGUUUGAUGCAUUAGAAGUGUGCCAAGUCAACAUUUCUUGUGACCAAUACUUAUCAGCUGAGGUCAUGAAAGAAAUUUUAGAAAUAAUACUGAAUGCACAUGAUGACAGUUAUGUAAACUACACAGUGGAGGAGCUAAUAGACAAAUGCCAACAAGUCCUGUCUUUGAACUUCAGCUCUCACCCUCCAUGUUCCAUGGAAAUCAGGAAGUGCUACGAGAACUUCCUCACAACACCCAUGGACUUGAAAGGCAACACAUUUACUAACCGGAUGGAAUGUGGCUGUGAUGAUGGCAUAAUUAAAUAUUGUAUGAACCGGCUUGAACAUGACAUAAAUGCUGAAAGCGAUGAGCCUUUAGUCAAACUCUAUGAAAACACACCUUUUGAAAUGAAGGAAGGUGUUCAAGGCUUACAUUGGCAGAAGGAGAAGUUUGAAAUAUUUGAAGGACUUAAAAGACCAGAAAGAAUUAAGAGGGUGAUGGCAGUCCUUGAGAGUACCAUUGAACUGUUACAAUAUGAUCUUGCAAUAUGGCUAACAAGGCACACCAGAAAUUUAGGCAGACAGAUAAUGAAUUUGAAAAAACGACCCCUGCUUGCUAUACUUCUGUGGCCAAUUACCGCAAACUCACCCACUCAGCUACUGAACACUGGUAGUAUGACCAAGAACUGUCGCCAGAUAGUAGACUUGUUUAUAUACGUCAUUCACCUGCAGUAUCCUGAGGAACACAUACAAGUGAUGACUACGUGGCUAAACACGAUGAUUGAAAUCAUCUAUAUAUGUGAAACAAACUCUGAUGGUGACUAUCCAAACAUAGGAAAAUACUGCUACUCGUUUGCAACAAAAUUUUACGAAUGCAUGACAAAUACCGAUAAAUGUCUGUCCAAUGACUCAAUAAUACAUAUAUUGGAAAGGAUUCAACCCUCAUUCAUGAAAUACUUGAUCGGAAUGCAUGUGACCAAAUCAUUCAUAAGAGUCAAAGAAAAAGAAGACAAUGUGAUUAGAAUUUUAAUUGACUACAUUGAAAAAUGUAAAAAGGAAGGAUAUCCUGAAUGCAGUGACAUACAAGUAUCAAAACAACAAUCUUCCUCAACAGAUAAAACAUUUAACAUGUUACUGUCUUUGAUGGAGCAAUGCAGACUGGACGAAGUUAGCCUUUCAAACUCUGAUAACAACAAUAAUAAUGGAUUUCUCAAAAUCUCAUCCUCAAAGUCUGAUUAUGAAGUUGUCAGUGCAUAUCAUGUGGUACAUGUACUAUAUGUAACAAUUGAGGCUCUCCUAGAUGCUUACAGUGUGAAAACUGUACAAGAGACAUUAAAUGAUCUCAAUAACAAGUUACUGCAAGAUCCUUCACAACCUGCUCAAGUUGUUGUACCCACACCUGGCAUAUAUUCAGUUUCUGUAGACUACAUAAAAAAAUAUAGGACAAUUUUUAUGUCCCUACAAGAACUUAUAAAACUGAAGCAAGAAAUGAUGGAAAAGGAUGGGUGGCCAGAAGUGCUAAACCUGUUUAAUGAUAUAUUGGAAUAACAUUCUCAAUAUUUUAAGAUUACAUAUUUUUACCUGGAUGUACCUGUUGAUUAAACUAUUUUUAAGUAAGUUAAAGAAGUUACCAUGAUACUUGAGAAAUAAAUAAUACUUCUAUAUUUUCCAAA